AGAUCAUAACCAUUUAACGGUCCGACCGAACCGGUCCAAAAGCUCUGCUAGUUGACGGUAAUGGUCUCUCACUUUCCUCAGAAACUUUCACCUGCAAAAACCCUUCACAACUAUUUUUUGUUGUGCAUUUUUCAUUACUAAAAGUUUCACAUUCAAAAUUUAAAGCCCAAAUGCCAUUCAUAUCGCAAAUUAAACGACAGACUGAUUACAGUCGUUUCCCUUCCUCAACACCAAUCGUAGUCGACAAUGGCGCUUCCUAUUUUCGCAUCGGAUGGGCUGGUGAGACUGAGCCUCGUGUUAUUUUUCGCAACAUUAUUCAACGACCAAGGCAUAAAACUACUGGUGAGACUGUGACUGUUGUUGGUGAUCAUAAUCCUGCAUUGUUCAAAUACUUUGAUUGCACUCGCUCUGGGCCGCGUUCUGCGUUUGAUAGUAAUGUUGUUUAUCAGUUUGAGAUUAUGGAAUCUAUUCUCGACUUUGGAUUUGAUCGGCUGGGAGCAAAUGGAUCAGAGAUUAAUCAUCCUAUCCUGAUCACAGAAUGUGUAUGCAACCCAAUUCAGUCACGUAGCAAAAUGGCAGAGCUUCUUUUUGAAACUUAUGGAGUUCCAUCAGUAGCGUUUGGUGUUGAUGCUGCUUUCAGCUAUAAGUACAAUCAACAACAUGGGGUUUGUGAUAAAGACGGGCUUGCUAUUUGCCCAGGAUUUACAACCACUCAUGUUAUUCCAUUUAUUGAUGGAGAGCCUGCCUAUAACGGAUGCAGCCGAACUAACAUUGGUGGAUUUCAUGUCACUGAUUAUUUAAAGCAACUGCUUUCUUUGAAAUAUCCUCAUCACAUGGCCAGAUUUACAUGGGAAAAGAUUGAGGACCUAAAAAUGGAGCAUUGCUAUAUUGCUCCUGAUUAUGCUUCAGAAGCUCGAUUAUUUCAGAAAGGGACUAAACAAGCUGAAGAUAAAACCAGAUGUUGGCAGCUUCCGUGGGUUCCGCCGCCAGUUGAGGAACCUCCAUCAGAAGAAGAGGUGGCUAGAAAGGCAGCCUUAAGGGAGAGACAGGGUCAACGGUUGCGAGAAAUGGCUUUGAUGAAGAAGUCAUCUAAGAUAAAUGAACUAGAAAAUCAGUUGCGUGAUAUGAAGUUUCUUUUGGAGCAGCUUGAACAAGUUGACGAAGAUCAAAUUACAUCCUUCUUGAGAGAUACUGAAUAUGCCUCCAAGCAGGAUAUAGAAUCCUUAUUAGUGAAAAAAACAGAGUUAUUACGUAAAGCAAAAGGAGAGCCAAAGGUUGAGCAAGCUGAACUUGAAGAUAAAAGCGAUUCAUCAACAAACGAAAAAUAUCCCCUUCUUGAAAUUCCAGACGAUGAGUUGACCCCAGAGCAGCUGAAAGAAAAGAAGAAACAGGUGUUCCUUAAAUCCACAGCCCAAGGCCGGCUGCAAGCUAAACAGAAACGCCGUGAAGAAGAAUUAGAACGAGAAAGAAAGAAUAAAGCGGAUGAAGAAAAACGCUUAGAGAAUCCAGAACUUUAUUUGGAGGAAACACGUGCUAAACAUAAGGAGCUUUGUGAGAAAGUUGAGCAGCGAAAACGACAUAAAACAAAUGGGAAUCACUCAAAUGGAAAUAAUAUGUCUGGUGGUGUUGGUCGUGGUGAGAGAUCGAAUCCUGCCCAGAGGGAAAAGAUGCGUCUCUUAACAACAGCAGCCUUUGAUCGAGGUAAGGGGGAGGAUACAUUUGGCUCCAGAGACGAGGAUUGGCAACUUUAUCAACUAAUCAGUAAAGAUAAUAAUGAUGACGAUGAGGGGGCGGAGGAUGAUGAAGUAGAGCUUGCUCGUAUUUCUUCUCGGCUUCAGGAAAUAGACCCGACAUUUAUUUCUAAGCCAGAUGUAGGACCGUCGCAACCAGCUUCUGAACUGCCAAAACUCCGUCCAUUGACGAAAGAUGAUUUCCAAGUUAUGCUUGGCGUCGAAAGAUUCCGAUGUCCGGAAAUUCUUUUUCUUCCGAACCUAGUUGGUAUCGAUCAGGCAGGGCUAGAUGAAAUGGCUGGUGUCUCGAUAAAGAGGUUGCCGUCCAAGGACGAAGAUUUGGAGGCUAGAUUAACAAAUUCAAUCCUUUUGACCGGUGGAAGCAGCCUCUACCCUGGUAUAUCUGAGCGCUUGGAGUCAGGAAUCCGUAUGAUUCGGCCAAAUGGGGCACCUAUAAAGGUGGUCAGAGCAUUGGAUCCGGUUCUUGAUGCUUGGCGUGGGGCUUCUACUUACGCCGCUGCGUUGCAAUUCCCACAGCAAACUUUUAGUAGAGCGGAUUAUUACGAAAAGGGUGAAGAUUGGCUUCGGAGAUACCAAUUUAAUUACACGCUAUAAUUUAAUUUCAGUGAUUUAUAUAGAGAUGGAAAUGGGUAGCAGUAGGUUGAUAGGUACAAAUAGGAAAAAACCAUGAGACUUUGAAACUUUGAUUAUUUACCAUUACUUCAUCAUUAUCAGACAUUUUUGGCCCUGGAGACCAAUUAUAAAUUUGAAUGUAAAUGUCACCACCAUUUCAAACAUUAUGGGUGGUUCUUUAAGAAUUAUUAAGAAUUUGAUCUGCACAGAAAAUUCUCUAAA